CUCCAUAGAAACCAACUUUGGGAGCUUACAGCUUAGCAAAACUUGAAGCCUCUGACAACAGCGCAACAUAUCUGCAAAGCUAUUUGUUCCUUUCUUUGAUAUUUUGGGUUGUUAAAAAAGUUGAAAUACGAUGGCUGAUGAAGCUCCAUCACAAGACGCACCGGAAAUGCAGCAGUCAGAGGAAGAAGAACCCAAACGAGAACAGAAACGCAUGCGCUCUCAGAUGCUUUGUGAGCUACAUCGGGUGAAAAAAGAGAUGAUUGACAACAGUGGUUUGGUCAGCAAAACAGAAGUGAAGCCAUACACACCGGAUGUUUUCAAUGAUCUUGCGCCAUAUUACAAUACUUACAUCGUCAACUACAUGAUCGAUGACCAGGUUGACUAUGUUCCCCGUCCGGGGUGGGGUACACGAGCCACGACUCUCCGACUUGUCGACCCAGAAGAGUCCUGGAGGAUGGAUCAUUUUCCAGGUCCCAAAUAUGACUCCGUUAUUCCACGCUGUUUUUACAAGCCUCAAAUCUGGAGCAAAAAUGUAUCUGGAAAGGAAAGCAGCAAAGGCAGUACCAGGCUCCCUCCGAUACCAAAAGUAGCUUACCCAAGAUUUCAACAAAAACAGUACCAACAUUUCAAAAUGAACUACUCUCACGUCCAACCAUUCAGAAGUGACCUUCAGCGUCUAAAGGAAUCGAAGGCUGAAAAAAGGAUGAAAGAAGAUCAUUCUAGAACAGUGAAUGAUUGGCAGCGAAUGAACCUGACAGAACUGAAUACUUUGCCAGAGCAGUCACGUUACCAUGUCAAAAAGGCCAUCAUGUCUUACCUGGGUACAUCAAAAGGAUCCAGCAAAGCGCUGAAGCCUCUAUUGACUGAAUUGAGCACUGCUGAGUAAACUGCGC